AUGAAUUCAAUCGAAGAUAAUAUUAAUGAUCAUAUUGUUCGUAUCCGUCUCAUUUUCAUUCGUAUUGGUGAAAUCGAUACACUCAAUGAAAAAUAUCAAGCGGAUGUCUAUUUUGAAGCGCGAUGGAUAGAUGGUAUUCAUUUGGAUACACUCGGUCUAACUGCUCAACAACGUACACAAUUAAUAGAUGAGUCGGCAACUAUUCGUUUGAACGAAUUUUCUCCGAUUAUCCAUUGGACACCCAAAUUAUUAAUUGAAAAUGCUAUUGCGCAAAUUGGCGAACCGGAAAAAUGGUUCACAAUAACGAAAAUUGCACCCAAAGUGAAUGAAAUAAUCCCGACAUCUCUGGUCAAAUUGGAAAUUUGCGAACAUCGCCGAGUGCGAGGCGCAUUUUGGCAAAAACUCGAAUUGAAUCACUUUCCAGCCGAUGUACAAGAUCUUACAAUUUCAAUCACUAGUGAUCAUCAUGUGGAUACGGUUCUGCUUGUUCAAGACGAAGAUCGUUUUUCGACUAUCAAUCGUGCCGAUUUUUUUGAUCAACAAGAAUGGGCAUUAUACGAACAUGUGGCCACGGAAAUGCGUGAAACAGAAGAAGAAUAUUCGUUUGAACAUGAAACUGUUAUCAAAGCCAAAACACAUCCGGUUCUUGCCUUUACUUGUCGCGCAGCUCGUCAACCUGGUUACUACUAUUGGAAUGGCUUUUGCUUGAUUUUUCUUAUUACUAUCUGCUCUUUUUGCAUUUUUGCCAUUCCACCAAAUUUGCCUCAAAGUCGUCUUCAAAUCACUUCAACACUUCUUCUUACUUCGAUUACUUUUCGUUGGGUGGUCAAUCGAUCUCUACCCACAGUUUCCUAUUUGACAACCCUGGACAAAUAUGGAAUCAUAUCGAUUUUUAUACUCGUUCUUCUCUUAAUAUCUAUGAUGCUAGCAACAUCAAGAACACUUUAA